AUGGGAGGGGAGCGCGUUCCUGAUGCUGUAUCAACGCUUUCACCCACAUCUCCACCUCGAGGGGCAGAACGUUUGGGCGGCAGUUGGUGUCGGAGCGCCUCUAGGAGGUUGGAUGAAACCCAAAAACAGAAGGAGGAAGAGGAGCGAAGAAAGAGAGAGGAAGAGGCAAGGCGUGAAGAGGCUGCGGCUGAGCGUCAAAGGAAACAAGAGGAGAAGGCGAAGCGUGAGGCAGAAGAAGCUGCCAAGAAGCAACGUAAGCCCGGCCAGAAGAGAAAGGGUUUAGGAGGCCUUUCACCUGAGAAAAAGAGGCUGCUCAAGCAACUGAUCAUGCAAAAGGCGGCGGACGAGAUGAAAGCGGAAAUGAAGAAGCGACAAGAGGAGAAGGACAACUACCUCCGAUCGAGAGUUCAACCUCUCCAGCUGGACGGUCUCGAUGAUUCUGCUCUUGCCAAGAAGGUUCGGGAGCUUCACGCACGGGUAGCUCAACUUGAGGGUGAGAAGUACGAUUGGGAGGUGAAGCUACGACGACAAGACAUCGAAAUUAACGAGCUCACCAUGAAGGUGAAUGACGUCAAGGGCAAAUUUGUCAAACCUGUGCUUAAGAAGGUCUCCAAGACGGAGAGCCAGCUGGCACGUAUCGAGAAGAAGGAAAAGACAUUAGCCUCCUUCCGAACCCAACUGAAGUCCACGGGACAAAAUAAAUUUGCCCUUGAAGAAAAGGACGAGGCCUCUCAUAAAGUGGAUUUCCGAGACCAGUUGAAGCCAGCGGGUGAAGGCGACGCUCUAAAGGAGGCUGCAGAAGAAUAA